AUGGUGGUUGAGGACGGUUUGGUUUUAGUUAGACGUCGCUUGGUCUUCGUUUCGUUGGAGCUCGCCUUCUCUACCUUUGUCGGCUCAGAUCUGGACUUUGUUUGUUCGGAGUUGUUCUUCGUAGGAGGCCUGCGUUCGGAGGUUGGCUUUGAUUGGGCCCUGAGUCUUCUCGUGAUCUUGUCUCUGUUUAUCCUCCUUGUCGUGGUAUGGUGA